UUCCGCUUCGUCGGUCACGGACUAGCAGGCAUUCAGAGAGUACCGUGUUGGCCUUUUGUUUGUGUCAAGAGCGGUGGACAGGCGGAUCGUACCGAGCACCGGCGAGAUGGCGCGACGGCGCCGGCGGUAGAGGGAGACAGCGGCUGUGCCCUUGGCGGGCUCGUAUGCGUGACUGGCGGCAGCGGCUUCAUCGGCUCCUGGCUCGUCCGCCUCCUCCUCGACCGCGGUUACACCGUCCAUGCCACCGUCAAGAACAUCCAGGACGAGGGGGAGACGAAGCACCUGCAAGCUCUGGACGGCGCGGACACACGGCUCCGGCUGUUCCAGAUGGACCUCCUCGACCCUGCUUCCAUCAGGCCGGCGGUCGAGGGCGCCCACGGCGUCUUCCACCUGGCCAGCCCUGUGAUCCUGCAGCCCGCACAAGAUCCCGAGAAGGAGCUGCUGCAGCCAGCGGUUGAGGGCACGCGCAACGUCCUCCGUGCCGCGAAAGACUGCGGCGUCAAUCGUGUUGUGCUGGUGUCUUCGCAGACUGCCAUGGUGCCGAAUCCUGACUGGCCUGCCGACAAGGUCAUCGAUGACGACUCCUGGGCCGACGUUGAGAUCCUCAAGAAACUUGAGCUUUGGUACAACGUAUCUAAAACGCUGGCGGAGAAGGCUGCAUGGGACUUCGCCGGAGAGGAAGGGUUGCCGCUGGUGGUGCUGAAUCCAUCGUUGGUGCUGGGCCCAACCUUGACCCCAGCAGCCACUCCUAGUCAACGUCUGCUGAUGCAGCUCCUGGGAGGCCAGAAGCUUGACAUGGAACCCUACUACAUUGGCUGCGUUGAUGUUAGAGAUGUGGCACAGUCUCUCCUUGUGCUCUACGAGAACCCAUCGGCGCAGGGACGCCACUUGUGCCUGGAGUCCACUGAGCGUCUCGUCGAUUUCAUCGAUAAACUUGCCAAUCUUUACCCUGAAUUCCCGCUUCACAGGAUCAAGGAGGACAAACAAGUCUGGGUCGUGAGGUCCAAGGUUGGCUCCCAGAAAUUGAUUGAUUUGGGCGUUCGCUUCACUCCAUUUGAGAAAACUGUUAGGGACACGGUGGACUGCUUGAGGAGCAAAGGAUUAAUCUAGCCUGUGAAGAAGUAUAUACUUCUGUGUAGGCCACGUUUGAGAACUGUUGCUGGAAAGGUUUUGUGCUGAAUAAACUGCCACGGUGCAUAAACAUGUGGAUAGACAUGUACUAUGCUGUAUCCACCAUGAUCAAUAAUGUAUAUUUUUUUUCCA